AUGAAUGUUCAGCCGGACAACGACAGAGUGACGGACCUCGGUUCCGUCACAGAACAACCGCAUCCGCUCAUUCUCAUGACCCUGCGAGUUAACCUGCCGUAUCAUGAUGUGCUGAAGCUGCUUUGCUGCCCCCAUCGACUGGUGUGUGGAACACGGUCUCUCUGCUCUCUCUGCAGGGUCUUCAAGAAAACCACCGCCAACGGCACGCUCUCCCUCUACCUGGGUAGGAGGGAUUUCGUGGACCAUAUUGAGACCAUGGACGAUGUUGAUGGUGUGAUCAAGGUGGACCCCGCAGAGCUUAAUGGCAGAAAAGUGUGGGUGCAGCUGGCCUGCGCUUUCCGUUACGGGCGCGACGAUCUGGAUGUCAUCGGCCUUUCCUUCCGAAAAGACAUCUGGAUCCAGUGCAAUCAAAUCUACCCCCCAACGAAUGACCCCAAGCCUCCCAACACCCCACUGCAGGAAAUGCUGUUGAAGAAGACUGGGGAACAAGGCUAUCCUUUCACCUUCAAGCUUCCGAACAACUUGCCCUGCUCCGUCUCCAUGCUGCCGGGACCGGAGGAUGCUGGGAAGCCCUGUGGCGUGGACUUUGAGGCGAAGGCGUUCAUCGCCCACGAAAGAGACAACCCUGAAGAGAAGGUCGAGAAGAAGGACACCUGCCGCUUGAUCAUUCGCAAGAUCCAGUACGCUCCGGACCAGAGGGGCGCCGGGCCCAAGGCCGAGAUCUGCAAGCAGUUCAUGCUGACGGACAAGCCCGUGCACCUGGAGGCGUCCCUGGACAAGGACAUCUACUACCACGGCGACCCAAUUACCAUCAGAGUAAAAAUCAACAACGAGACCAGCAUGGUGGUGAAGAAAAUCAUAAUAAACAUUUAUCAGAUGACAGACGUGAUGCUGUACUCCGCUGACAAAUACUCGAAGUGCGUCCUGAAUGAAGAGUUUGGGGACCAAGUGAAUGGCAACUCCACGUUUGAGAAAGCAUACCAAGUAACCCCCCUGCUAGCGAACAACAAAGAGAAACGUGGCCUGGCUCUCGACGGCAAGCUGAAGGAUGAGGACACAAACCUGGCGUCCACUACACUCUUACGCCCUGGAAUGGACAAAGAGAUCCUAGGAAUCCUGGUAUCCUACAAAAUCAAGGUCACGCUCACGAUUUCCCGGGGCGGGCUCCUGGGAGACCUUACAGCAAGCGAUGUGGGUGUGGAGCUCCCAUUGGUACUGAUGUCCCCCAAACCUGCAGAAAUAACGGACAUUAAAUUUGAGUAGCCCCCCUCCCCCCCAGAGCAGAAGUUGGAUGGAAAGAGGGGAUGUCGAGGAGCAGAAAGCUGGACGAGGGGAAAAAGACACGCUGAUCGGCCAAGAGGACCAAAAGCAUCCGUAAACAUCACAGCACAAAUUUAGAAAUCCAAAAGAAAUCUGCUAUUUAUACCUUACGGCUGCAUAUUUCAUAAUUCAUAGGGGACUCUCUCCUGUGGAGCAUCAAUGAAUCACACAGCAGAAAGGAUCAGUGUCACUGGUGAAUCCACAUCAGCUGGGGGGUAUUUUCUGACUAACUAUAAAACAAGGAACUCAGCAGGCUAUUAAUGACUA